AAACAACUUUUGCGCAUGCGUCAGGUGUUUAAUCAAUUAGUGUUUACGUGCUAAUUAGACAACAUUAAGACAUAUAAAAAACUAACUUUGUCAGACAAAGAAAGUAUUGAGUGAUCUGAGUCAGUGAUUUGCUCUAGAAAGUGUGAUAUUGCUCUGAGACUGAAUCAAAAAUUUAGUUCUUCAGACAGAUGAUAGGGGGCAAUAGUUCAUCACUCGAGGUCAAGGUCUUACACUGGCUGACCUGGUUAAACCUUUCUGAACUCACUGCCGAAUAAUAUUGAAACUUUGAAAGUAGAUUAUUUUUGGAAAACUCAGAAUAAACCCAAGAAUAACGACGUCAUUUAGAAUUAUGACGACAGCUGAUGUUCAAUGUUCACAUGUAGACAACGAGAUCUAGACUGAUGGAAAAGGGACGUAAUAUAGAUGAGAGAGGCCAUACGUGUAUAAUAUCUACCCGGCAGCUUAUAGUUCUAAGAAGGCUGAGUUUAUAUUCAACCAAAAGAAGCUAGAAGUAAAGGAGAUUGAAUAUGUCAAGAUUUGUUGGACGGUUGAUACGGAAGAAGUAUAUCGAUCUUUCAACUGUCUCAGAAACCAAACUUGCAAGAUGUUUGUCUACUUUUGAUCUAACUGCAUUAGGUAUUGGCAGUACACUUGGAGCUGGUAUUUAUGUUGUGGCAGGCCAGGUAGCAAAGCAAUCAGCUGGUCCUUCUGUUGUCCUUGCCUUCUUUGUUGCUGCAGUGGCAUCUGUGUUAGCUGGCUUGUGCUAUGCUGAGUUUGGAGCCCGAGUACCAAAGACUGGUUCUGCCUAUGUGUACAGUUAUGUGACAGUUGGAGAGCUAUGGGCCUUUAUCAUUGGCUGGAACCUAAUUCUAGAAUAUGUAAUAGGAACAGCUAGUGUGGCCAGAGCAUGGAGUGCAUAUUUUGACUCCAUCAUAGACUACAAGAUCAGCACAUACCUAAACAGUACUGUACACAUGGAUGUUGCGUGGUUAUCGAGCUACCCAGAUUUCUUUGCAUUUGCCAUUACAAUACUGUUAUCAAUCAUACUUGCCAUAGGGGUGAAAGAAUCUUCAACAUUUAACAAUAUAUUCACUGGUGUGAACUUGUUAGUUGUCACAUAUGUUGUGAUAUGUGGCAUGUUCAAAGCUGAUUUUCACAACUGGAACAUUCCAAAGAAUGAGAUUCCUAAUGGUACCGAUCCAAAAUAUCCCACAGGAGAUGGGGGCUUUUUUCCAUUUGGCUUUUCUGGUAUGAUGUCAGGGGCAGCUACUUGUUUCUAUGCAUUUGUGGGCUUUGAUGCCAUUGCAACAACAGGUGAAGAAGUAAGGAAUCCCCAGAAGGCCAUUCCAAUUAGUAUUGUCAUUUCUCUGCUUGCCUGUUUCUUGGCUUAUUUUGGAGUAAGCGCAGUGCUUACUUUAAUGGUACCUUAUUACAUAUUGGACCCAAAUGCACCCCUGCCUGAGGUAUUUAAGCGUGUGGGUUGGGGUUUUGCCAAGUAUGUAGUGAGUGUUGGAGCAGUCUGUGGUCUAUCUACAAGUUUACUUGGUGCUAUGUUCCCUCUCCCCAGAGUUAUUUAUGCUAUGGCCAGUGAUGGCCUCCUAUUCCGCUUCCUCGCAAGAGUGAACGAACGAUUCAAAACUCCACUAAUAGCAACAUUGAUUUCUGGCCUAUUUGCUGGUACAAUGGCCAUGUUGUUUGACCUGAAGGAAUUGGUGGACAUGAUGUCCAUAGGGACCCUACUUGCCUACACACUAGUUGCAAUAUGUGUGCUCAUUCUCAGAUGUGCAGUUAAUCCACUGGAUCAGACAGAGAUGACACCUGCUUCUGAUUUUAAAUCAUACGAGCCACCAGAUCCGAACCAGAAAUUUGACGAUGUAACACAUGAAGAGGAUCACAAUGGUGUACAAAACAUUGUAUCGGAUUAUGGGGAUGAAUAUGUUCCUGCUGCAGACCCUUCCUGUUGUUCCCCUCUUACCAAAUGUUUUAAUCCACCAGAGAAGGCACCCACUGAACAAACGGCACAUCUCGUCAAAAUAUGUGUAGUUGUUAUAAGUUUAGUAGCGCCAUCUUUAAGUGCAGUCUUAAUAUUUGCUGAGCAUGAAGUUUCUUCCAUGACUGUUUGGGCAAUUGUGCUGGUCACAGUAUUUGCCCUCAUUCUGGUCUUCUCACUGGCGAUUAUUGUUCGGCAACCUCAGUGCAAGACAAAAAUACCUUUCAAGGUUCCUUUUCUUCCAUUCCUUCCUUUUAUCAGUAUAUUUGUAAACACAUACCUGAUGCUGAAACUCUCCUCUCAGACGUGGAUAAGAUUUGCAAUUUGGAUGGUUUUAGGUAUGUUGAUCUACUUCUGCUAUGGCAUAUGGCACAGUAACAUAGAGACAGAAAGGCCACCUUCCAAACUUAGGAACGGACACUUUAAUCAGGAGGAUGUAGAUGAAAAUACUCCAGGGGAUGCAAUUGUAGCUUCUCAGCAGUCCAAGGAUACAGAAAGGACUAGUUUAAUUAAGAAUUGAGAUGAGAAAUACCACACAUCACAUUGAUCUUUGCAAUUUAGGAGAAACAUUAGAUACUAUUGCCAAUUUCCAAUCUUUAAAUGUUGUCUGCAUUGUCUUAUCUACAUAUUGAAGAAGAAUUGGUACAGUCAUGUGAUAUAUUUUCAGAGAUGGUUUUAAGUUCUUGGUAUAGAAAUCUAGAACUGAAUAGUUUUUGGACAUCAAAUCUGCUCUGCAAUAUUGAUCAAAUUUGAUUUUAUAUUAAGGUAUAUAUUGAGCCUCUCGUCAAGGAUGGAACAUUCCUGGGGGAACAUUGUUAAACACAUUCCAAUAUUGAGAAAGUUCUAAGUUCCACACACUUACCAUAACUUAGUUAAAAAUAUUCUAGAAAUGGACAAAAGUGUUACAUUCAGUAACAUUGGCUACUGUUAUCUUUAGAUAAAAAAUCGGUUAUCAUUGGUUACCAGGUUCAUAGCCAGUUUUUGCCAAGGGGGGUUCACUUCCAAAAAUAUUAGGGGGAGUUCACAUUUUGGGUCUGCUCGAAACCCCCUUCCUCUUGGCUAUGGUCCUGAAUACACUAC